GUGGAUAAAACGGUGUAUCACUCGCAGCUCGGUGUGUGUGCAGUGGGGUGUGUUCUCCAUGUGUGUCCACGCGUGGCUCCUGUUGACGGUGCUGCACCUGGCGGUGGACGUGUGCCUGUGCUCGCCGCUGACCCCUGCUGGUCGCUCGGCCGCCCCGGUUGACCCCCGACCCCUGUGGGCCCUGUCCGGGGUGCGGCCGCCCUACUGGAGGACUCUGGGAAACCUGCGGCGGACCCCCCCUUCCUCCUCCUCCUCCUCCUCCUCCUCCUCGCACCCCGUCCUCCGCUCCUCCUCGUCCGGCCUCGUCCGGCCGGCCCGCGGGAGCCCCCUGGAGCUGCGGUGGUUGUCACGGCGACGGCGGGCCGUGCAGUGGGCGGGGCGUGUGGAGCAGCGGUCGCCCCCGGCGACGGAGAUGGAGGGCGGGGUCGCGGCGGGGGUCAUGGCGGGGGUCAGGGGUCGCGGCGGGGUCAGGGGUCAUCGUGGCCGGCGGCAGCUGGACGAGGACGGCACUGACCGCACCACCACGGUGGCCGGCUUCAUCGACUGGGGGCCGACCGGCGCCGACGAGAUCCCGGAGGAGAACGGAGGCGCGGCCCGCGGGGCGGCGACGGUCGCUCGGCAACCCGUCACCACGACGACGCCCGCCCCGACGACCACCACCACCACCACACGCAGCCCCUGGCCGCGCACCGACACCACCACACACAAGCCUCACCGGCUCAGCACCACGCCAGCUAGCAGCGCACACACCGCCAGGCCACAGAGGCCCGACACGCCAGGUCUGGCAGUGCACCAGAUCAUCACCAUCACUGUGUCCCUCAUCAUGGUGAUCGCGGCACUCAUCACCACUCUGGUCCUUAAGAACUGCUGUGCGCAGUCGGGCGGCGGGCGCCACAGUAGUCACCAGCGCAAGAUCAACCAGCAGGAAGAGAGUUGCCAGAACCUGACCGACUUCACGCCCGCACGAGUGCCCAGCAAGGUGGACAUCUUCACCGCCUACAACGACAGUUUACAGUGCUCGCACGAGUGCGUGCGCAACGCCGUGCCCAUCUACACAGACGAGAUGAUCCAACACACGCCCAUAUACAAAACGAGCUACAAUGGAAGCAGACCUUCGCCCAGUGAGCGGCAGCUGAUCCCCGUGGCCUUCGUGUCGGAGAAGUGGUUCGAGAUCUCCUGCUGAGCUCCUCCUCCGCCCGGGGAAGGGGCAGACUAACACACGAGUGCCCAGGAUCCAUGUGGAAAACUUUUACACCGCGUGAAGACCAAUUACAGGAGCAAAAACUACACCAGGAGAAAAUGAAAGAAACAAAAAAAAGAUGAGAUUUCUACCAGAACGGCUCUCUCGGGACAUGAGCAAAGAGAUUUAUUUUUCUAAAAGAAUUGCAAAGCAGAGCAGAGCUAU